AUGGUGACGCCGAUAGGCAUCAACCGCUUCUUAAGAAGUAUCAAAACCUUUCUUGAACAGCACUUGGCUCGAUCAGAAGAUCUAGUUAAGUUAACUGUUUCAGAAAGAAACAAUAGAAUCAUCAUGACUGACCGUCAUCGUGAUGUACCUCAAGAAAGCGUUAUAAAUCAUACCUUGGAUCUUAAAUUACAAGAAAUUGAUGGUAUCAUUUCUGAUGGAAUAAAUGACGAAGAAGAGUUUGAGAAACAAUUGGCUCGUCUUAAAGCUGAUAUAGAUGAGCUUGAAGGGAGAGACGACCUUACUUACUAUUACUAUCGUAUGAAAUAUCAUUCUAUGAAGGUAAGCCUUCUCCAACAUUACAACAGAGACAAUAAUGUCGAACAUGAAAAAUCACUAAGCACUAAAUAUCUUGAAAAGUUUGAGCAAGAGUUACGGGAUUUGGAAAGUGAAAUACAAUCUUGCAAUACGGAAACAUUCGAAAUCAUCGAGCAUUCUAGUGAUCCUAAAACUCUUCUCGAAGUGUUGAGCAAGUUACAAUCUUAUAUCAGUGAUGAAUUAUAUCAGCUACUGAAAAAUUUUAUAGAAUCAAUAAAGAGCCCUUUUCCGACAUUACAAAAGUUUCUUGACGUACGAAGAAAUUAUUACAUUGUGUUAAAGGCUCUGAAUGAAUUCAAAGUAGAAUUGGUUGAAAAUAUCAACGUUGCAAAGGAAGAACUUGCUUCAACUGAUCAAAAUGCUUCGCCACCAAAUAAAUUAGAAGAAGAGUUGAAGCGCUUAUCAGAAGCAGUAAAAGGAGAACAAGCUAUUCGUGAAAAUAUGGAAGGAUUACUAGAUUACAGAGCUGCCCAAGUAGUUGAGUUAUGUCUCAGCGAUGAGGCAGCGUUACGAGAUAGUUUCUUUGGCGAUGUGGAAUUAACAGAGAAAAAUAUCAAUCAGCGCUUUCGCUUAUUCUCCCAAUUUCAUCCUGAUCGAUUCCCGCAAAGUCCAAAUAACGAUGUUUUCAAAAAAUUUUUUCAGAUAUUAAUGGAACAGAAGCAAAUCGCUUUAGAGCAACUGGAACGAUUAGUCGGUUCGGCUGAACCAGAGUGUGCUGCUGAUUACCAUAGAAAAAAAGCAGAAGAAUAUUUAACGAUAGUCGUUGAUUGGCAAAAUGUUGGUAAAGAUAAAUUGGAUCGCUUAAGAGUUUUAAAGCGUGAAGAUUAUGUCAAUAAAACACCAGAGGAACACCUUCUUAUUAAAAAAAAAUAUGCUGAGUUGUGCUAUCAGCAAUAUCGAGCUGCUUGCAAGAUUAUAGAUACCUUAGCUUCUCAAAACCGUGAUUUGCCCAAGUUCAAUAGUUAUCAGCAUCAACAAGUUGAAUUAAGAAAAUGCAUCUCUACGGCUUUGCGUGCCGCAGAGUAUCCAUUGGAGUCGCAAUUGUAUGCUAUUGGCGCAUUACGUAUCUUGUUGGAAUGUCAGGACGCUACUGAUUCACAAUUUAUGGAAAUUCGUGACAUAUUAGCUAAGGUUAAAUCGCAAAAUAAAGGAAAUACUCCCCCCGAACCAGAGGUUACAUCAGAAAGUGAAAAUAAUUCUCAAAGUAGGCCACCAAUUCAUUGUCAGACAAUUUCUGUUCAUCGCAACAGCCAAUCAUUAGCAGUAGACAAUGCAAGAUUGCCUGCGAUCUCUACUUAUGCAGGACGACAGCAGCGGCAUAACAUCGUUCGUCAAGAUAUUGCUGAACUGGUUCGAAAUGAAUUAGUGAUCCCUCAAGCAAAAUUAGUAUCUUAUUCUAGCCCAAACGAAGAUAUCACGAAAGCUAAAAUUGAGGCUAUAAGUCUUCGUACAAAAGGUGCGUUAGCAAAAGCAGGAGGAGGAGUUGUAGUUGCAGGUAGCGCCGGACUGGCUUGCGCCAACAUAGUAGCGGUAGCAAAAACUGGUGCUGUUCUUGGAAGUGCAUUAGGCCCAUGGGGGACAGCCAUUGGUGUAUCAGGCGGUAUUAUUUUAGGUAUGUUCAGCAUCUUUAUGGGUGGUAAAAUUUAUCAACAAGGAGUGGAGUUAUUAAGAGAGCCGAGAAUUCGUGAAAAUUUAAAUAACUUAAUUGCAGACGCAAUAAAAGCAUAUAAUGGCGAUGAUUACGAGCAAUUCCUUGAAAAAUUAUCACAAAAUUAUGAUGAAAGGAAAGAAACAGGUUAUCGCCUUAUACAUUAUGACAAGGGAAGAUCGAUUGAUAUUUCGCCCAAAAAGAUGAUUGAAGAUCUACUGAAUCAUAAUUUUCGCCCUGAUGGCAUUGCCUAUUUACUUGUCAUCAUAGGAGAAACUUUAAUAAGUGGUAAAGUUACUUUUUCCAAGUGUCCAGCUUCUACAUUAGAAGCGGAAGCAUGUAAGAUUUUUGAGAGUGUCUUCAAUAGUGACCAAUUAAGAGAUGCUGCUGAAGCUUUAGACAAUAAAGUCAGUAAAAUGCUUAUAAAUUACGUCCGGAAAUUGGCAAAACAAGCAAAAAGCUUCCUGUUCGACAGAUCCGCUGAUGAAGGUUCUGAAGAAAAGCUGAAUGAUGCUGAAGAAUCACCUUUUGUUAGUCGUUUGCAAGAAAUAAUAUUGGUAGCUAGAUUAAACUUUGCCCUAGUGCAUGUGAUCACCGGUCGAGAUGAUAACUUAAAUUUUGCUAAAGAACAACUGAUUGAAAUGCAUAGUAUUACCUCUCAGAAUUUUCAAUUCUUUAGCAUAACCGAAUAUCGUCUAGCGUCGGUUGAAGAUUUUCUAUCAGCGCUAGGUUUUGAUCCUACAGCAGCACUAAAGAAAGAAACUACUACUCAAAAUUUAGUGCCAAUAGCCUCUAUGCCAACUAGCUAUAUCGAUGAAAUAGAUGGCGAAAAGAUUAUUCAUUCUUACGUUACUAGUCUAGGUCGUAAAGUGGAUAUGAUGAAUAUGUUGAAUAUUUUAUCAGAUGGCUUAUUUACUUUAUCGCGAAUGGACUUCCUAAAAGAACUACGAACCGAAUCUUCUUCUAUUGCCAAAGAAUUCUUGGAAAAAUAUGAAGAUGAACUACUAGAUGAAGGUAUUUUGAAAUAUUCUUAUCUAGAAAUUGUAUCCAAAUUAACAAGAAUUCAGUUUCAGCUAUAUGUCAUUAAGAUACGAAAUUCAGAAUCGAUUUUCGUUAAAAUGCACCCAAAACAUCAACUACCGACACUCCACGAGUCAAUAGCAACUAUCUGCCUAGGGGUAGAAUCAGAUUAUCUAGAAAACGGAGUGCCGAAAUUCGUUUUUCUACAUAACAUUAAUCUUAACUUGAAGAUAUUACUUAAAGAGCUAAAUUCAGCUAAGAAUAACGAAAUAAUUGCUGCUGAUAUCUUAAUGCGAAUAGGUGAUCACUUUAUGAUAGAGGCAAAUAAAACAGACGCCGCAAGCUUAGUACGCCGAUUGAUAAAAUAUAAAGAGGCUAAACAAUAUUACACUAAAUCACUAAGUUUAUUCCCUACUUCGGCUGCUUGUUGGCGUAUUGCUGAAUGUUAUUUAGCACGCAAUCGAAAUCAUGCUGCAAUCCGAUUUCUCUCUCAAAGAGAUAGGAUAUCUGCAAAUCUAAAGUUAUGUGCUCAACCGCAGUAUUGGUAUUAUUGUGCCAAGGCACAGCGUGGCAUUCAAGAUUAUGAUAAGGCAGCUAAAGUAAUUAAUAUAGCCUUAAAAUUAGACCGCGAUAAUGAAAUUUUUAUGAGAGAACGAUCGAGAAUUCAAAAGUGUACUAAGCGUAGUUCCAAUCAGCAACGUCAAUUUCAAUACGACGCAACACAACUUGAUUAUAACUCGACGACUUACCAACAGCGCCGGAGCUCUACUUCCUUCAGUUCUUAUAAUAUUUUAAGUAUCGAUGGUGGAGGGAUUCGUGGAAUUAUUCCUGCAGUUGUUUUAUCGGAAAUAGAACGCUGUACACACCGACCUAUUAGCUACAACUUUAAUUUAAUAUCUGGAACAUCAACAGGAGGUAUUAUCUCACUUGGUCUUACCACUCCCGAAGCUGAAAACAGCUGUAAGCCAAAAUAUCGAGCUGCUGACAUUUUAUCUUUAUAUAAAGAUAAAUCAUCUGAAAUAUUUUACGAAAGGACUAUAUCGUGGCUUGGAUUUGCCAGCCACAAAUAUUGCGAUAAACGCUUAAAAAAUGUACUAAGCCAAUACUUCAAUGAUACUACAUUAUCUCAACUUUUAACCGAUGUUGCUAUACCAGCUUGCAAUCAAAAUCAACUACUUGUCACUACUUACUUUACACGUUGUGAGGCCCUCAAAGAUCCGCGAAAGAAUUUUAAGAUAUUAGACGUCGCUUUAGCAACGAGUGCAGCGCCUACUUACUUUCCUCCACAUCGGAUUAUAAUAGAUCAGAGGCACAAUACCAAAACUAAUUCUACGCAAAAAUUAGAGCAUGUAUUUAUUGACGGUGGAGUUCAUGCCAACAAUCCAGCUGGAUAUGCAUAUAAACAUGCUCUCGACCAAGGUAUUAAACGAGAAAACAUUUACUUAUGGUCUCUAGGAACUGGCGAUGCCGUAAAUAGUAUCCUUAGACCGCAAUCAAAUCAAGGUGCACUGUUUUGGGCAACUAAACUACAUCGCGUACUCGAAGCUCAACAAAAUAACGUGGACGAUGAACUACAUUCUAUUAUGGGAUCUCAUUACAGCCGUUGGCAAUAUUGGUUAGAAUAUCCUAUUCGCUUUGAUGAUAAUUCGGAGAAUGCUGUUCAAUUUUUGAUCAAUGCAGGUCACGAAGUUAUCGAAGACUUAAGAGCGGAUGAUAACAACUCGUGGAAUCGGUUGAUUGAACAUUUAGCAAAUUAG